CGCUUCGCCGAACAGAAGUCUGUUGUUUAAAAUGUCUCCCUAACAACCGGACAGGGGACAAACGGGAGAAGUUUUCGCCGGACAGACGCCUCGGGUCGGAAUGGCUGGGACUGGCGAGGGGAAGAAGGAAGAGGACUACAAGAGACUGCACAGCUUUCCUCUCAUCAGGCACACAGACAUGCCCGAAGAGAUGAGGGUUGAGACUAUGGAGCUGUGUGUCACAGCCUGUGAAAAGUUUGCCACCAACAAUGAGAGUGCAGCGAAAAUGAUCAAAGAGUCCAUGGACAAGAAAUUUGGCAGCUCGUGGCACGUUGUGAUCGGCGAAGGCUUCGGUUUCGAGGUCACGCACGAAGUGAAGAACCUGCUCUACAUGUUCUUCGGCGGGAGCCUGGCCGUGUGCGUGUGGAAGUGUUCGUAGCACCUCCUCGCUCUCCAUCCGUCCAUCCGUCCGUCCUCCCCUGCACCGCCGCUAGGACUGAACCAGAUGCGGGUCACACUCGUGUUGCGGCAGGUCACUUUAUCUACCACCACUAGCCUUUGUGGCAAAUAAUAAACCCAUCGUUUUAAGAUCUCAUACAGAUAGUGGGCAGGGACAAAAAAAACAAACUUGAAAGGGAAAUUUGAGAGUGGCAGUUACCACAGCUUCCUGCCUUUUUCUACCACUUUAAUUUUUUUUUGUUUUUGCAGCUUUAACCUAUUGUUCUCAACAUUUGUGAGUGAGCAUGAGCCAGUUAGUCCAAAUUUUACAAACAAUAAAAUCCAACCAGGGUCUCCAAAGUCCUUUAUCCUCAAGGUUGCGUUCACACCGAAUACGACGCAGAUUUUUUUCACAGGAUAACAUUUAAAAAGGGUCACAUGCUGAUGUUGUGAAUUAACGAAACUGGGUGAAGAGGAAAAUGGUGGACCAAAAAGUGAGCGAGCAAUUUGCAUUGGAAAAAAAAAGGUUGGUAAACUUAAAAAAAGGAGUUCAGUUGAUAAUACCUAAGUUAAUUAAGUUGCUUACAUGAAUUACAGUAAGCAACUUGUCUUCAUAUUAGUUUAAAUGAACUUAUCUACUAAUAUAGGUGUUACCAAUUGAGCUCAAGUGUCUUUUUUCAGUGUGGACUUUUUGGCAAUGUCUCAAACUAUGUGUGUGUGACUUAAUUCAAGCUGUUGGUCACAUUGUUAUCAGUUGGCUGUUAGCUCUAGCAUUAGCUCCAGACGAGUUGUAGCUAGUUUCGUUUACUUACGAGAGCGACGCGAGUAAAAACAAAUUAUCCACAUAAUUCGAGCGACGCGACGUGAAAAUAAAAGCGCGAGUGUUUGGUGUGAACGCGCCAUCAUUCCUCUUCAGGGAGUGUAUGUAUGAAAGUGUGUGUGUGUGUGUGUGUGCGAGUGAGUUUAUAUUGUUUGUGUGUGCUGGACACACACAGGAUUUGUUUGGGGAAAACAACACUUCGUCCAUCACCUCCCUUUGGAAUCUUUGUCACCGUUAAUGUGUCCGUGCUGUGUGUUGACAUUUCACACGUGUGUGUCUCUCUCUCUCUCAAGUUGUGCUAGUCUUUUAAUAAAAUUCGUAAUAUUUUUUAUGUGUACAUAGUUUGAUGAACUUGAAGAACUUCUUUUUAAAGACCAGUGUCAUCUUCUUACAAAUGAACUCGAGUAACACUUUUAUCUCCCCUGUAAAGGUGUUUGUAAUAAUCCCACACGAUAUCACCCCUGCGGAGUGAUAUUAGCAAUGUGAUUGUUUUCAUGGUGUUAAUGAUCCAGCGCAGUGGACCAUUAUGUGUGAACUGACCUGAUUGUACAAUAAACUCUGAAAUGUGAUGAAAUGGGAA